CACACACCCCCGAAGCUUUCAGGAAAAGAACAUCUUCUCUCGCCUUGCCGGAGUCCAAGCCAGAUGGCAGACUGGUGAGAAAGAAGAAAACGGAAGGGGAAAAAGAAAGAAAAAAAAGGAAAGAGAGAAAGAGGGGGGGGGAGGAAGAGAAGUCUCCACAGGUUUCCAAGAUGGGCACUGCCCUUUGUGGCAGAAGGCAGAAAGGUCUGUUGCAGACUGGCUUUUGCCUCUUGGCGCUGGCCUGCCUGGGCUCCGGAGUCCUCCUCUACAGCCACCUCCAGCAGAAGGUCAAGGCGGCCGAAGGCUCGGCCUCCAAAUUCAGACAGCAACAGGAAGCCCUUUCGGCCCAGCUGCAAGUCGUUUAUGAACAUAGAUCCCGUCUUGAACGUUCCUUGCAGAAAGAACGCAGCGAACACAAGAAAACAAAAGAAGAUUUUUUAGUAUACAAACUGGAGGCUCAGGAAGCACUCAAUAAAGAAAAGCAAGAUUCUAUGAACAGAUAUGGUGCCUUAAGUUCACAGCACAAGAUACUGAAGAACCAGCACGAAGAAGUCAAGAAGCAGUUUUUGGAUCUGCAGCUGCAACACAACGGGCUGAAACUGGAGCAUCGCAAGGUGGUGGAGACUCACAGCCAGAAAUAUUCCCAGUUGCAGCGGGAGAAGGAGAACGAGGUGGUGGGAUUACAAGAUACUAUUUUUAAACUAAGGGAAGAAAGCAAACUACUUCGCAAAGCCCACCAGGAUGUUCACUCGCAGCUCCUCAAUGCUCAGGUCCAGAUGGAAGAGUUCCGGAAACUCAAGGAAACCCUUCAGAAGAUGCCAAGUUUUAAGGAUGCAGGAGCAGCCAAAGAGCAGCAGAUGCCACAUCCUUAUGGCCAGCCUCGGGGGUCGAGCGUGUUGCAGUUUGCUAGACCCAAGGCUUCCAAGGGCGAUGGCAUUAAAGCACCUUUGGGACCUCAGGACCAAAGUGUGGUUCCAGGUGGGAACUCCUUUGCCAUUCCACCCCCUGGGAUCAAACGUCAAGAAGAGAACCUGGUGCAUGAAAACCGUGUUUCACAUAACAAUGGAGCCAGACCCCAAGGGGACAUGCUGUUUGGUCAACUGGCCCCACCUAAGGAAGUUAAUUUGCCUUUUGCAGCUCAGCCACCAGCCCAGCAUAAAGAUGCACCCAUGGUUCGUUACACCCGGAUGAUGAAUAGUGUGCAGAACCAGGAUCCAGAAGCAGGGCAGAACAUGCAGGGGCAACAUCCAGCCGCUUUGGAGGAAAGUCGGGUUUCAGAAGAAAAACUCUCCAACAAGCAGAAGCAACAGGUGCAGAGAGUCAACAAAGGCAACUUGCAGAUGAAUGAUGGGAGAGCUCUUUCUUACCCACAAAGCUAUCGACUGGAUACCACCGUAUCUGAGCAAGGCAGGACAGAUGUCAGUCAAGCGCAGACAAGGACAAGGGGGGCACGGCACACCAUGUGGGGAGCUGAGAAAGGAGGAGCAGAUGACAGGGACCUGCACGCCGACGCUGGCCUGAUGAAGAAAGAAAACCACACAUACCUACAGAAGGAAGCAAUUAUCCAGAAACAGAUGGGACCUAAAGAUGUUGCUGAUCCAGCUCAGGAUCCCAACAACCAAGGGGAAGAUGAGUUUGAGGAGGCAGAACUGGAACGGCCCAGCUUUGAAGAAAAAACGGAUCCGGCUGAACAAACCCACCAGACAAAUCGGCCGGCUAACGCUGUGAGCCAGGAAAAGCUUCCGGGAGCUGAUCGGCCAAAUAAAGCCACCGACAGUUUAAUGGAUGAUUAUCAGGAGGACCAAGAACAAGAUCCUGAGGACCAUGGAGGUGAGGUCGGUGACCCUGAAGAUUUGGAACAGUUCCAUCAACCCAAAGGCCAUGUUGGAGAUGUUGACAGAAAAGAGGACUACUUUUGACCAUGGGCUGGGAGGCAGCACCAAGCCACCAAGUUUGAUCCAAACCAAAGACUGACUGUUGCAAUAAACUUGGGCUACUUUAGUCGAAACCGCCAAGAGAGGUGGAGAGUUAAUUCCAUCUUGUCUUCAGAAAGUCAUUGGCUGCGUUGACCAAAUGGAGAUACUAUAUUUCCCCACCUCCUGUUAGUGAGGGCAGGAUUGACACGCAGUGCCAACCUGUCAGAAUGCUACCGUGAAUACAAACAUCAGAAUGUUUCUUCGUGGGGGUAAGGAGCUCAAAAUAUCAAAAAAAUCAAGGAUUGUUUUUCCCUUUGGAAGAGUCCUAUCCUCUUACUCUCAUUUGGACCAUAGGCAAAGCCUGAUGUAGCGCAGAAGUACCGUUACAGUUUGGGCUACUUGCGUUUCCUUUUGCCCCAUUUCCGAUUUACCUGACUUCCGUUCAGAGCAACCUCAUCACCUUUCUAUGUAUGUACAUAUAUAAAAAGAGGGUCCAUUUGGUAA